AUGGGUAAGACGAAGCGAGUCGGAAUUGAUGAUGAUGAUACCAGUUUUCUACCGAUGAAGAAGAAGAUGUGUGCGAACAGAUGCCGUUUUCAUGAUGAUCUGAUAAGUCGGUUGCCGGACGACAUUCUUGUUGAUAUACUGUCUUUCCUAUCGCUCAAGGAAGCAGCGCGUACUAGUCUUCUUUCGUCUCGUUGGAUGAACCUGUGGAAACAAACGCAAUCACUCAAUUUUGAUGUUCCAAGCACAUUAAAAAAGAUUAAAAAAGGAUCCCAUGAACUGAAUUGGGAGAGAAACAAGUAUGUGAAAUGGGUGAAGGACGUUCUCGGAUCCUACAAAUCGACCACCUUAAAACAAUUCAUAAUCCGUUUUCCUUUAGGUAUAUCAGCCAAGGAUUCAAUCACUCGGUGGCUUGAAUUCGCAUUUUGCAGACAAGUUCAGAGGUUGGAAUUGAACCUUGGAAAACCCCCCAACUUCUAUUGUUUUCCUGAAGAACUUUUUACCCCGCGAGAACCGAAAUUGCAACAUCCUCGUAUGCUUUUCGACUUUACGUCACUCAAAGAAUUGUCUUUUAAAAGCAUUAUUGUGAGUGAUAGAGCUAUUGAGUUGUUCUUACAUAACUGCCCGCUACUCGAACAAUUGAUUGUCCACUACUCUCAAAAAAUAUCAAAGCUUGAAGUUUGUGGUCCAUCCCUUAUGUUAAAACACUUGGAGAUAGUCCAUUGCACGGGUUUGAAAUCACUUAAAGUUUCUGCACCGAGACUUACUACACUUAAUGUUACGGUUUUGAAGGUAGUUUUGCUCGAGAAUGUUCCAAUGCUAGUUGAUUUAACUGGCAGUUGUGACGAUGACAGUAUUUCUCUGAAACAUUUAAUUUCCACACUGUCUUGCUGCAUUUCUCAAUUGGAGUCUCUUAACUUGAACCUGGUGGACCGACAUGUUCGAUAUGUACAAGAAACUGACGAACUCCGCAAUUUCCCUAAAAUGCCUAAACUGAAGAAGUUGUUCAUCGAGUAUGAUGACGCACUAGGUGAUGAAAGUCUUAUUAGACUGGCUGCUUUGGCAAGGGCAUCUCCUCAUCUGGAGGAAUUUGUUUUUGAGAAUACAUGGCAACAUCCGAGGAAAGUUACACCGUAUAAGAAUGCUGUUAUAAGGUUUCGGCACCAGCACCUAAAAGUCUUCAAAUUUCGUGGCUACUAUGGUCACGCAAGUGAUACUGACUUUGUCCAGUACAUUUUGGAAAACUGCGUUGUGCUUAAGAAAAUAAUAAUUCGUCCCUGUGGUGUACUUAUCUGUGUGAAAGGUGGCAAAUUAAAAGACGAGCAAAUUGCACGUGAAAAUGCAAAGUUUGGCCUUGAACCACUGUUGCCUCGCCGCGUUAAAUUGGUUAUUGUUUAG